AUGGACACGUCUGAUAAUAUCCAAAUUGAGCAACAAGGAUCCCAACAACAGCCUUUGGAAGAGCCUCAUAGCCCGCAGCCUGCUGUUUCAGCUGGUUCUUCCACAACAACUGCAACUACAAGGUCAGCGCAAGUUGGCGCCAGGUUGCAAAAUUCCAAAGAAAGGCAAAACAGACAGAAAUAUGAACAAUCUGAAUAUGUUCCCAUGUUAGAUGACAACGGCAACCCCAUCCCCAAAUCCGAACGGAAACCAAAACGGAAAUGUGCCGUGAUGAUAGGAUACUGCGGUACGGGAUACAACGGGCUCCAAAUUCAAAAUGAACCUGGUGUCAAGACAAUUGAAAAGGACUUCUACGAGGCAUUGUACAAAGCCGGUGCCAUAUCGUUGGAAAACUCAAUUGACUUGAAGAAAUCCGGGUUUCAGAGAACAGCAAGGACAGAUAAAGGUGUACAUGCUGCCGGUAAUGUCGUUUCGCUAAAGAUGAUUAUCGAGGACCCUGAUUUGAAGGCCAAGAUUAAUGAGCAUUUACCGGAUCAGAUCCGGGUUUGGGGUAUUCAGCGUACCACAAAGGGGUUUGAUUGUAGGAAGAUGUGCUCGUCGAGAGUGUAUGAGUAUUUGUUGCCUACUUAUUCCUUGCUCAGCCCCAAGCCUGGUUCGCAGUUGGAUGAGUUGAUUAGGGAGAGUAAGGAAAACCAUCCUGGUUUGUUUGUUGAUGAUGGUGGUGAAAGCAAGGUGUUUUGGGAGUUGAUGAAGGACAAAGUCCGAGAGGCCGGUUUUACGCAAGAUCAGUUGGACGCCAUUGCACAAAUGUAUGAACAAGAGAACAAAGCAGCGCAAGCUACGCCUAAUCCUGAAUCGAGUGUACAAGAAAGUAGCACCAGUACCAACAACGACAAUGUGACAACCAAUAUCGCUAAUGAAACACCACAAGACCCAAACACAUCUCAAGACAUCCCCCUUUACCGUCUCGCCAAACAAGUUAAACAAAUAGAAAACGCCACCCGUCGAGCCUACAGAAUCUCACCAUCGCGUCUCGACCGCUUCAGACAAACAAUGCAACAAUACAAGGGCACCCACAACUUCCACAACUUCACCAUUGGCAAAACGUACAAGGACACCUCAUCCAACCGAUACAUCAUCGACACCACAAUCUCCAACCCAUUUGUCAUCAACAACACCGAAUGGAUCUCGAUCAAAAUCCACGGCCAAUCAUUCAUGCUCCACCAGAUUCGUAAAAUGAUCUGCAUGGCCACGCUAGUCAUUCGUUGCGAUUUGCCACUGGGCUUGAUUACUGAUGCAUUUGAGCCCACGAGGAUCAAUGUGCCCAAAGCCCCCGCGUUGGGGUUGUUGUUGGAAAACCCCGUGUUUGACGCCUACAAUCACAAGUUGCGCGAUAACGCAUACGAUGCGAUUGAUUUUAGUGCGUACGAGCACGAAAUGGCUGAUUUUAAAAUGAAGUAUAUUUACGACAAGAUUUAUGAUGAGGAGGUCAAGGAGAAUGUGUAUUAUGGGUUCUUUGGGUAUAUUGAUAGUUAUCGGGUUCCAAGUGCUGAUAACGAUGAGGAAGGUGGAGAUGCAAUUGCGGGAAAGAAUGGAAAGACUUUUGCUGGUGGUGGUGGUGGUGGUGCUGGAUCAGUGACGAUAUUUGAUUUCUUGCAUAACUAUAUCGAUAAAGCAGCCAAAGCUGAAGCGAAAAAGUAG